AUGACUACUACCACUCCAGAAAUUGCAAUACCAUUUGAACCAAAAGGUAAAGCUAUAAAUGAAUUUGUUGAAUAUAAUGGUGCUAAAUUUAAAACAGUUACAUGGAAAGUACCAAAUAAUGUUAAAUAUUUAGGUAAAAUUAUAUAUGUUCAUGGAUUUGCAGAACAAGCUAAUGUAUAUACUGAACAUUUUGAUGGAUUAUCACAAGUUGGUUAUGAAAUAUUUUUUUUUGAUCAAAGAGGAGCAGGAGAAACUUCUCCUGGUAAAAAAAUUGGAGAAACUAAUGAAUUUCAUUCAUUUGAUGAUUUAGAUUUUUUUAUUAAAUUAAAUCAUGAUAAAUUAAUAAAUAAAGAAGAAAAAUUUAUUUUAAUGGGUCAUUCAAUGGGUGGAGGAAUAGUUUUAAAUUAUGGAAUUAGAGGUAAAUAUAAAGACUAUGUUAAAUCAAUAGUUGCAUGUGGUCCAUUAAUUAAAUUACAUCCAAAAUCUCAACCAAAUAUUAUAUCUAGAUUAGCAUUACCUUAUGUCUCAAAAUUUUUACCAAAUUUUAAAUUAGAUUCAAAAUUAAAUUAUGAUUAUAUCACAUCAAAUGAAAGAUGGAAAAGUUAUAUUAUUCAACAUGAUAAAAAAUUAAUUGGUUCAUUAAUUCAAUUUAAUGAUAUGUUUAAAAGAGGUUCAGAUUUAUUAAAUCCUGAAUAUGUUAAAAAAUGGGAUCCUUCAAUUUCUGUUUUAAUUAUACAUGGUACAAAUGAUUAUAUUAAUGAUAUUAUUGGUAGUGAAGAAUUUUUUGAAAUUUUACCAUCAAAUAUUAAUAAAGUAUUUGAUAGAAUUGAAGGUGGUAGACAUAGUUUGUUUAUUGAAAAUGAUGAAAUGUAUCAAAUUAUUGCUAAAAAAGUUUUGGAUUUCUUACAUGAAUAUGCUAAUUAA